AUGGCUUCACACAUCACAAGCGGACGCGGCAAGCGCUGGCAUCAGCACCUCACGAUCGAUCUCUUUGCGCAUGUUUUGUCGAACAGCAUCUUCCAUCCGUUCGUGGCCUGGAUGGUCCCGCUCUGCUUGCGUUCGGUCCAAGCGCCGUACGAAAGCACACAGUUCAUCGCAUCGUGUGUGUACGCUUCAGCGAUUACACUUUUAUGGAUGUUGAGUGUCAUAAACAACCGCCUAGCGUAUGGACUUCCACGAGAGGUGAACUGGGAUGAUGAAGUUGUCGUGAUUACGGGAGGAGCUGGUGGGCUUGGCAAGAUCCUCGCGGAGAUCUAUGGCAUGAGAGGAGCCAGCGUCGCAAUCCUGGACGUCGUGGAGCCUGAACAAGGGAGUGAAGGGCUUGCUGGGGUUCAGAGUUAUCGAUGUGAUGUUGGAGAUGCCGCGGCGGUAGAGAAGGCAAAGGCUCAAAUUGAGAAAGACCUUGGAACACCCACCAUCUUGAUCAACAAUGCCGGCGUCGUCAAUGGCAAGCCGCUUUGGGACCUAUCCGCUACAGACGUCCAGCGAAACUUCAAUGUGAACCUCCUCUCCCACUUCCACACCAUUCGCUCCUUCCUUCCCGGGAUGCUGGCGUCAGAGACAGGUGGUACAAUUGUCACGGUCGCAUCGGUGCUUGGGAAGGUCGCUGCAAGCCAUCUUUCCGAUUACUGCGCUGCAAAGGCUGGGCUUAUUGCCAUGCAUACCGCACUGCGAUCAGAGCUAGCAUCUUCAUCUGCCACAGAAGGAGCUGACAACAUUCGCAUGCUGCUCGUGACGCCUGGCCAGCUUGCUACACCGCUUUUCAAAGGCCUCGAAACACCCUCUGACUUUUUUGGUCCUGUUGUCGAGCCGGUCGAGCUUGCAAGAGAGAUUGCGAAGAUGAUUGACGCCGGUGAGAGUGGCCAGAUCAGCUUGCCGCUCUAUGCAAAACUGAUUGAGUGGAUGCAUGUUCUUCCUGCCGGCUUGGAGAGGCUCGCGCGGCGAAUUAGCGGUGUGGACCGAGCCAUGGAAAGCGUUCGCCAGAAGUCGAAAGGUAGCUGA